UGAUUGUUGAUCUGGAUUGUUCUGCACGGCCUCUAUUUUCAGAGAAGACGGUACCGUCUCAGUCAUGUCAGAGAUGUUUGUACCAACAGAGGAGGUAUCAGGUGUUUCCUGGUAAUCUUCCAGAAGACAGACCUUUCAUGAGAGGGAUGCCAAGGGGGGACAACUGGACCCCAGAUCCUUGUCCUAAUUUAGACUAGAGGUUUUUCCUUGAGGCAGACCACUGAUGCUCCCAGUUGGUGUCACGUUUCCUCUGAGUGGAGUUAUUAUUUCUGAAAGACCGGACAGAAGCAUUCCAGUCCUGUUCCUCCUCCGCCCGACCCCACCUUCACCCUGUUUCCUGUUCCCCUCUGUUUGUGUUAGCUACUUCGAAGCUAAACAAACACCAAGAUGUCGGAGAAAAAGAUGUCUUCGAGUCGCAAGCAUCAUCUGAAGAGUUUGAUGCUGUCCAUCGCCAAAGGUUUACUGGAGGAGGAAGAGAGGGAGCGAGAGAAGGAGAGGACGAGGUACAUGGCUGAGAACUGCCCUCCUGUGUCCAUGCCCAGGAGCAUGCAGGAGCUGCAGGAGCUGUGCAGAGAGAUCCACCACAAGAUCGACGUGAUCGAUGAGGAGCGAUACAACCUGGAGAUGAAAGUCAAUAAAUCCGACAAGGAGAUCGACGACCUGAAGAUCAAAGUUCAGGACCUGAUGGGCAAGUUCAAGAAGCCCGUCCUGAGGAAAGUACGUAUGUCCGCUGACGCCAUGCUGAAAGCUCUGCUGGGCUCCAAGCACACGGUCAACAUGGACCUGAGGGCCAACCUGAAGCAGGUCAAGAAGGAGGUGAAAGAGGAGGAUAAGGAACUUCGUGACGUCGUUGACUGGCGUAAAAACAUUGAAGACAAAUCUGGCAUGGACGGGAGGAAGAAGAUGUUUGAGUCUGAGGCUUGAAUCAGUGUCUUAUCUGACGAAAACUGCAUCUGCUCUUAACAAACCCGCAGUAUUUUCAGUCUGUUUUUCAUCGACUGGUUUAAUCAGAAAAGCAUUUCGAUAGCACAAAUACAUAUUUUGAACUACCAUGUAAGCUGCAGAAACUUUGACCGAAUAAACAAGCGACACCUGCUGAAGGAGCCGUUUUGUCAAGCUUA